AUGUCGUUCAUAGAUUCAUCCACAAACUUGAGACAAACUGAAAGUACACUGGAUACCAGUACUAUAUCUAUAGAGAAUGAUUAUGAAAAUUCUACAGAAGCCGAACAGGUUUCAAAUAAUGAACAGAACGAGCUCGUCGUUCAAGAACUGGAGACAGCACGGUCUACAGCUGAAACUACAGCUGAAACUGCAACUGAAGUAUCCCGGAGAAGACGACGUAGUAAGCAACGACGAUCCUGCUGA